AAGAAAUGCUGCGCAGGAGGAGGUGGUGAUGAUCUGCGCUCCGUCUUCACGCAUCACACGCAUUCAGCCCUCAUUCGCCGCGCGCACCCCGAUCAACGCAUGACGCCUCUGGAUUCUGGAUGCGGCUUAACGCACGCGCUGUGCUGGCACUAGAGAGAGGGGGGGGGGGAGUCGGGAUGCCUUUGUGUGAUCCGAUGUAGUUCUGGUGCAACACCAUUCACAGAGGAUCAUCUAUAAUACUGUGAACGGAGGGAAUGGGAAGCCGUGAAGAUGGCGACGGGAGCAGGACGGCAGCAGCAGCAUCAGCAGCAGCAUCAACAGCAGCAGCAGCAGCAGCAACAGCAUCCUCCACCUCCUCCUCCACCUCCUCCUGGAAACCCUGCUGCUCCUGCCUCGUGUGCAUCAGGAACCAGUCCGUCCUCAACAUCAUGCAACCUGCUUUACGAAUCGGGACUCGCGAUGGAGUACACGCACGAGCUGCACCUGAAAAUGAGCAAGAAAAUCGCCCAGCUCACCAAGGUCAUUUAUGCACUGAACACCAAAAACGAUGAGCAUGAAGAAGCCAUCCGGUCCCUGAAAGACACUCAUGACGACGAGCUCGAGCACAUCCUGAGCGAGACGCGUGAGAAGAUCCUGCAGUACCGGAACAGGAUGGGUGCCGAAGCCGAGCUGAAGCGGCGGCUCCACGCUCUGGAGGAAUCUCUGGAGCUGCACGAGCAGCUGAAACACGAGGCUCUUGCUGAGUUCGAGCUGUACCGGCGCCGUGUCGAGGAGAUGCGCCUCAGCUCUGAGGAACAGCACUCGCAGCGUGUCACCUCCAUGCAGCGCGAAGCUGAGGAUCUCCGAUGUGACUUCGAGGAGAAGCUGCGCUCCUUCAGCCAGCUGGAAGCCCGAGUCGAGCAGGAGAAACAGCGAGCGAUGGACGAACUCAAAUCCAUUCAUCACCACGAGCUGCAGGAGCUGGUGGAGAACCACCAGCAGAGCCAGAGCGCCUCCUCAUGUGUAGAUCAGGAGGAAUUGAUCGAGCUAGAGGAGCUUAUAGAGGAGCUGAAGCAGGAAAAGGAGAACCUGGAGGAGGAGUAUGAGGCAAAGCUGGACGAUCUGCGUGCGUUUUACGAGCGCGAGCUUGAGUCUAUGAGGCGCACGCAGCAACUCACAACCGAGAACCUGUUAGCCUGGAAGAGGAGUGAAGUGGAGCUCAGGAAGGAGUUUCAGUUGCAGGAGGCCGCGCUGCAAAGAACGCUGUGUAAACUUCGCUCCGAUCUGCACCGUGCACAGGAGGAGGCACGUGAGAGCCGGGACAAGACCAACAGGCUCCAGGCAUCGCUCAAUAACGCCGAGGUCACCAUUCAGGAGUUACAUAAGCAGCUGGAGGAGGCCAUACAGGACGGUGAGAUUUGGGUGAUGCAGCUGAAGGAUACAGAGUAUGAGCUGGAGGGAAGCAGAGAUCGAGUGCAACAGCAGGCCACUGAAAUCCUCCACAAAGCCAGUCAGAUCGGCACUCUGCAGGCCACUCAGAUGAGUCACGAGGCCACGAUUAAGGACCUGCAGCAGGAGCAGAGUCGUCUGAGGGAAAAGAUAGUCCAGCUGGAGGAGGAGAAGGACAGACUGCAGAGUCAGAGCCAGGCUUUAGACGAACAGCAGCGCCUGCAGAUUCUCAACCUGGAAAAAGCUCUGUGUGAGCAGAAGCAAGCCUACGAGCUGGAUUUGGCUCAGGCUCGGGCUAAAUACGAAGAGGAGGCUAUUCAAAUGAAAGAAAACGAAGCCGAGGUUCUUAAGGAGGUUAUGGAGAAGCACAGAGCACAGCUAGAAAGUGCACAAAGCGCCACAGAAAGAGAGAAGAACCAGCUCGUUAACGAAAUGAAACAGCAGUAUGAGAUUCAGCGUCUCUCGCUGGAGGAACAGAGGAGUCGCAUGCAGCAGCAGCUGGACACUUUCCGCGAGGAGCUCACUGCCAAACUUAACAUCGCCAACCAAGAGGUAUCUCAUCUGAAGGAGCUGGUGAAGGAGGGUGAGGCAAACCUGGAUUCAGCUGAGAAUCACAUCUCUCGUCUAAAAGAGAACCAGGAGAAGCUGCUCAUCGAGCUGGAUGCUACAAGAGCCAGAGUGAGAGAAACCAGUCAUGUCCUUACUGAUAUACAGGAAGAGAUCGAAAGCCAGAAGCAGCAGCAUGAGGUCAGGAUCAUUACCAUUAAAGCUGAGGAGAAGCAGAAAAUGGAUAAAAUUACCAAGGAGCUCGAUAACAAGUGGACAGAUGCUCUGAGAGCUGAGCUGAAGACGCUACGAGAGGAGCUGACAGAUGAAUACGAGGCUGAUAAACAAGCAGCGCUCAGCCAGCUAUCUCAGCAGAAAGAUGUGGAGAUCAUGACAGCCAGAGAGAGCUGGCAGAGGAGGGUGGAGGAUCUCCUGGAGCAGAUCUCCUUACUGAAGCAAAGUCUAGAGCUGCAGCUCUCGCAGUCAAACGGCGCCCUGCAGCAGUUGCAGUCUCAGUUCACUCAGGAGCGACAGCACUUGGCACAGGAGAUGCACGAGUUAGCUCUGGAGCAUCAACAACGAGAGCGCCACCUGCAGGAUGCCCACUGCUGCACCAUGCAGGAGCUGGAGGAGGCCCGCCAGCUCGAGCUUAGGGAGCUAGAGGACCGGCUGAAGCAGGAGCAGCGUGAAGAGCUCCAUGCUCUCAGAGAAGCCCACAGACAGACGCUGGAUAUUUUGCAGCAACAGUCUGAUCAGGAGCUUCAAACUCUGCGCUUUGAGCUCGAAGAUGAGGGAAAGGCCAUGCUGGCCUCCCUACGGUCCGAGCUGAACCAUUUGCAUGCUACGGCUAUCGAACACCUGAGACAGAAACAUCUGCAAGAAAACACAGUGGCUAAAAGAGAGCUGCACAAAACAGUGGAGUGCUGCAAAAAGCAUGAGCAGGAUCUACUGACUCGGCUCACGGACCUGCAGCAGGAAGCGACCUGCAGGAAGAACCGUGUCACCGAUUUGGACCAUGAGAUUCACUCUCUGAAUGAAACCAUCAGCACGCUAACCAAAGAGCUGGAGCUGAAGGGGAAAGAAGUCCUGCGUGUCCGCAGCGAAGCCAAUCUACAGAUCAGGGGGCAUGAACAAGAUCUGUCUAAGAGGCAUGAGAGGGAGAUCGGCGAGCUCAGCGUGACCCAUAACAGAGAAACACAAAUCAUGUUGUCGGAUUUUAACAAAGCUCAGGAGCUGCUGAAGGACAAGAUCUCCGCUCUGCAAAUCCUGCUGGAGGGCACGGAGGAGAAGUUUCGGAACCGUGAGAGCAGGCAGGAGGAUCUACAGACGAUCUCUGAUCUCAGAGAGAUGGUGGCUGAAAGAGAGUCCCUGGUUAAGAAGUUGGUGGACGAUAAGAAGUUCUACCAGUUGGAGUUGGUGAAUCGGGAUACAAGCUUCAAUAAAGUGUUUAACACCAGCCCCAAUGUAGGGGUCAUUAAUCCACUUAUAAAGCAUAAGAGUAGAAAAGCUGCAAUCCGAUUCGUCAGCUCUCCAAACCUAAGUGUUGUGGAAGCGGAAGGGAGAGGGGCGGGGCCUACCAGCCUAGAGUCUGUCCCAAGUUCCCCCAAUCAGCACGCAGAGCACAAAGCUCCGUCCCUGACCCUGCCCACGCGGAGCCCUCGUGAGAGCGACGAUCGGACAGCAGCACCAGAAGAGCCACAGGAACUCUCGUCUCAAUACUUCUCGUUCUGAUACUUUCCACCUGAAGAGCAUGUGAAUCAGCACUUUUCAGUCGUCCAUUAGUCUGUGUUAUGCACUUCACUGUGAAUUUCACUUCCUGUUUUUAAUUUCAGUAAUAAUAAGAAUUAUAAUAGCAAUUAUAACAAUAAUAUUAUUAUCAUACCUUUGACUUGGGCAUUAAUGCAAUAUGCGAGGAGAGGUAUAUCCGAUUUAGUCAGAUGCUGAUCUGAUCUGAUCUGAUCAGAUCAUCUCUUCUUGAAGGACCGAAACUACACUGUCUUGCCAGAAAAUGUAUUUACAAUUAAUUGCACAAUUAAUUGUUUAUAUUUGUAUUAUAUUGUCUUGUUACAAACAAUAAACCAUCAAUUAUAAAUUGA